AUGUCUACUUUAUUGAAAUCUGCCAAGUCUAUCGUUCCUUUGAUGGAUCGUGUCCUAGUUCAAAGAGUUAAGGCUGAAGUAAAGACUGCCUCUGGUUUGUAUUUACCAGGUAAAAAUAAUGAAAAAUUGAAUCAAGCAAAAGUUCUUGCUGUCGGCCCAGGUUUCACUGAUUCUAAUGGUAACAAGAUUCUUCCACAAGUUAAAGUUGGUGACCAAGUCUUAAUCCCACAAUUUGGCGGUUCUGUGAUCAAAUUAAAGGGAGACGCUGAAGAAGAGGUUGUAUUGUUCAGAGACUCCGAAAUCUUAGCCAAGAUUAACGAUUCUGCUUAG